AUGGUAGAGUUCAGGGCCAGACAUCAAUCACCGGUACUGUGUGUCUGUGUCUAUACGCUGGAUGUCAUGUCCCGACGAUUGUCUGGUGCUUCAUUAUUAUACCGAGAAAUGAGUGAAAAAUAUUCUUUGUUCGAUAUAUUCGGGUCAAGGAUAUGUAGUGAUGGUAUGCCUGGCGAGGUGUCGGUGCGCGUAGGCGUCGGCACUAAUUGGAGGCACAGAUUUAUCCAUGAAUUGCCACAAUCAUCGGUGACUCCAAAUAAUAGUCCGAAUGUCUCGAUUACUAGUGAUCCCGGAAAGCUAUUGAAAACAAGCGCCUGGUUUACUGAUACCUGGAUAAUAAUUGGAGAUUUCUAUACCUGGUUCAUUAAUGUGGGAACCACUGAAUUGUGUGAAAAUAUGACACAAUAUUUAUUCAACAAAAAGUAUGGCCUUCUCUGCAAGACAUUAGUGUAUAGUUAGCGACAAAUCGUAUCCAAAACUGAUAG